GCGCUAUUCAGCCAUCACAUCUUUCAUCAUCAUCCAGCAUCAAAAUAACAGCAUACAUACGAAUUAUGAAGGCCUAGCUAAAACAUGCUUUCCCCUAAAUGGACAUCAUUCCUGGUUUCUUGCAUCAAACAUGGUCGAUUUCCAUUUUUUCUAUCAUCUUCCCAUGCGUUCACGGCGAAUUCCGAGCGUUCCCUAAAAGUUUUGAUUUUUAUUCGAGGGCUUUUAUCUUUUCUGGAAAUUUCAUCGACCUCAAAAGCUUCAGUCAUUCGUCAGAGACAUUUUCUACUACGAAAGCCUUACUUAUUCUGGAGCUUCAGUUAUUCUGAAAGCUUCAUCGCUUUCGAAAAUUCCAAUUAUCCUGGAAAGCCUCAUUCAUUCCCAAAUGGUUCAUUCGACAUCGAAGAGGACCGGUUCUUUCUCAGGACUACCUACGAGCACUUUUCAGAGAAACAUCAACCAGAGAUAAAUCCAUCUCACACUUCAGCAAUCUUCCUUUCUUCCUUCCCAAUCAGCCCGCACCAUUUCCCCAAAUAGCAACUCCCCAUAGAUAGCAACGAGGGUAGCAAAAUCAUGCAAUCCAACUUUCCGUCUCUCUGUGAUGCUUUGCACGUGAAUUAUAAUGCGACAUGCAUACAUGCAGGGAAAUCGCCUGUUUGAGCCAAGGUAUGACAGUAUAUCAACAUAACAAAGAUGUCAUCG